UCUCUAAUAGUUUCCUUUGGAUAUUGGAGUUGAAAAUAGUUAUAGUGAAUUUUCUUUGCCUCACUUGUGAAUAUGGCCGAUGCAGAGAUUUUGUCCGAUAAAUAUUCAGAACAACUCCUUCCCAACACUAUGGUACACAUAAUCGAAGCUGCAUUUGGAAUAUUCGGAAACUCUCUUGUUCUUCUGAUGUACACUAAAUACGUUAAGGACAAAACAGGCACCCGGUAUUUCAUUCCAAUAUUGGCUUUUAUCGAUCUCUCCGGAUGUAUUUCGAAUGUGACUCAAUUUCACCUUGACAACACCCAGCGCUACACCUACCCUAACGUGUACUUAUGCAAAACUCUUUAUUUUUUGCUGAUACUGACCGGGGGAUUUUCGGCUCACCUGAUCCUCGCGAUUGCAUUACAGAGGUAUUUAAUUAUCUGUCGUCCUUUUAGUCAACAGAUGUCAAGGAAAUCCUGCAGAAUUGCUAUUCUGGCAAUUUUCCUAUUUUCGGUCGGUUAUGCAUCACCUGUUUUGAAAUUUGGUGGAUUCUAUAGCACAACUGUAGAAGAUAACUAUCAGAAUGUCACUCGGAACAUCUCUGUUCUUGUCUGUCAUUCCGAUGAUGGAACAAAUGGAACAGGUGUUAUGGUACCAUACUUCGGAUUUUUGCUGCUACUGUCUUUUAUAAACAUUUUCGUCACAACCGCCCUGUACAUUCCAGUGACUAAAACUAUUUAUAGAACACUAUCACCUACCAGACGAAAUCGAACAAGUAAUAUUGUGGAUGUAGACACUAAUAUCACCUCCAAAGAAACGCAAAGUUCUACAGUUGAGAAAAUUGCAAUGGUAGAGUUCCCACAAAACGAUGUGAGAAAGUCCUAUAUUGCACCUCAAAAUACCUCAACUAUCGAUAAAAAUCGGGAACAAAAAGCGCGCAAAAAAAUCAGCGUCAUGUUUCUCGUCAUCAUUAUUGUCUACGUAGUUUCGUAUCUGACGUCACUCAUUACUCAGGUCCACAGUUUCGCAACCAGAAUAGAACUUAAAGGGUACGAGUUAAACAUUUACUUUUUCUGUUUGCGCUUUAACCUUCUGAAUCACAUUGCUAAUCCCUAUAUAUAUUGGUUCUAUGACAUCAGAUUCAGAAAUGAACUCCAGAAAUUUUGCUGUGGUGGCACUAUCAGACGAUACUCAUUUUCGGCAUGAAAAUAAUGUCACUUUACAGUUUUCUGCGGAGAAGAUAGGGGUAAAAAGGACUAGAGGACUAUUUUUUAUCUUUCUUCUAUAAACACUUCUAAUAAUAUGGCGAUAUAAAAUCCAUGUAUUAAAUUUACGUUUGUAAAUACACACAUUUUGUUUAUACCUGACAGGUAUUAUCAGU